AAGGAAUUGUCAUUUAUGUCAUAAAUUACCUGUCAAUUAAAAUACAACGAACCAAAAUCAUUAUGUAACAUUACAAGCGGCGUAACUGCUCAGUCCAAAUCUCGCUCUUCACCCAAACCCAAAAUGCCGCUCUCAAAACUUCAAAUCGUUUGAUGGAAAAGAAAAAGACUUCGAAGAAAAAAAUCAAGGUCAGAAAGUCUCCCGUUUCGCCCAUAGUGAGUUGUACAUCUGUUGAAAAUUUUUUCAUUCCGGUGGUUGCACUAGACUCGGCAUGGAGUGGAAUAGCUUUCAGGGAACCGGAACAAGUUACUCAAGAGCAUACUCAAGAUAUACCUGAAGAGGAAAUUGAAAUAAAAAUCAUCGACUGCGAUGUCACGAAUGAAGAACCCACACCUCCUAUACUUUUGCUUUUUCCCGAUUUGAGUAAAGAAGACUCUCAAAUCCAGGUGCCUCUAGUGAAAGGAGAAAUAUCUACGAGAACUUUAACAAAGCUAUUGGUCGGGAAAAAACCUAAAAUGUCCUUACUCAGACAUCGAAAGAAACCUUGCUUCAAGCAGAAACUUUCUCCCGUUGAGGAACUUACAGAAAGUGAGACAUCUAUUGAAAUCAUCCACAAACAUCCUAAGAGAAAAUCUAACGCCGAUGAAGCAUCUGCUUUCGCCGACGUCAGUAGUAACGACGAAAGUUCAAUAAAUGAAAACUCAUUAUCGAAACAAAGCAGAAGAAAACAAAACUUAACGAAUGAAAGUGUUGAAAAGGAUUCUAGAGAUGAUGUUACGGAAAUUGUAAGGAAAACACUUGCAGAUAUAAUUGGACCAGUGUUCGAUGAAGCAGACGAAAACAAAGUUUCCACCGUUGAUUCCACGGCAAAAUGUGACGAAAAGGAUUCACCAACUAGUUUUUGUAAAACGUUGAUUGAAGUUGAAAUAGACAAAAUACUCAACGAAUGAGUUAGUGUUGAUCAAACUAGCGAAUUCAUUGAGUGACUGAAACAAUACUAGUUAAGAGUAAAAAGAAACAAUUUAAUAUUCUAGAAAAAAGGCAUUCCAUGCACUUUUAUUAUCAUUAUAACUUUGAAUGAAAGGUUUUGAACAAAACUAUUACAUUAAAACUUAUCCCCUCA